AUGACUUCAACUUCUUCGAAACCAACUUCAUUAAUUAAAAACAGAUUACUUGAUAAAAGGAAUGGUGACAAGCACAAUUUGUCAGACUCUUGUAAUCAUCGUCCCGAUCCUCUUAAACCUCGUCAAAAUCUUUUAAAAGUACCAACUCCUUCACCUACUCCAAAAUCUCCUUGUUUUGUUCAUUCCGAUAUCGAUCCAUCACUUUCAGUACCACUUUUAGAAAUGAUAAAUCAAUUUGAUAAAGGCGUCACUCAAUAUUCAAAUUUGGCUGAGACCGCUGUUAGUGUCAGAGAAAUAUCAAAAAAACUUGCUCGCAUUCAUAGUAUAAUGCAGGCUGUCAUGAUUGUCACUAAACCUGGUGAUCUUCGCUUAGUAAAUAUCACUCGUGAAUUAGCUAUGUAUUUAAUUACCACUCCUCGCUUUGGAAAAGAUCAUGGUGUGACUGUAUAUGUAGAUAAAAAUUUAAAAGAUUCAAAGCGAUUUGAUUUUCUUGGCAUGUUAAAUGAAUCUCCUUUUGUGAAAGACUAUUUAAAAUUUUGGACAAAAGAAUUGUGUGCUGAGAGACCAGAGAUAUUUAAUUUUGUUCUAACGAAAGUCGUUCCCCCUGUUUUACCUUUUCAUAUGGGUUCUCUUGGUUUCUUGACAAAUUUUGAUUUUAAAAAUUAUAAAAAUCAUAUAACAAGUGCUUUCGAUGAAGGUAUUCGUGUAAACUUAAGAAUGAGAUUUACAUGUACCGUUUAUCGAAGAAUAAAAAAUCCUGUAAAAGCAACUCGUUGUGGUGAAACUGGUAAAAUCAUGAUUGAUUGGAACGAGCUUGAAUCUUCUUCCCAUUCAAAUUCAGAACAUGAAUGUGGUCAUGAUAAAGACCUACCUUGUUUAUUCACUCAACCGUCUGAAACUUUUCAAGUUUUAAACGAUUUGGUUGUUGAUCGAGGUGCUGGUCCUUAUAUGAGUUUACUGGAAUUAUUUGGUGAUGAUCAACAUCUCACAACUGUCCAAGCUGAUGGACUUGUAGUAGCUACUCCUACUGGUUCAACUGCUUAUUCUGUAUCAGCUGGCGGUUCUCUAGUUCAUCCUGCAAUAUCUGCUCUAUUAAUUACCCCUAUUUGUCCGCACACUCUAUCCUUUCGUCCAAUGCUUUUACCAGAUUCAAUGGAGUUAAGAAUAUGUGUUCCUUAUAAUAGUCGUAGUACUGCGUGGGCAAGCUUUGAUGGUCGAGGAAGAGUCGAAUUAAAACAGGGUGAUCACAUAAAAGUUACUCCAUCAAAAUUCCCAUUUCCUACUGUGUGCUUAGAAUCUCAAUCUAAAGAUUGGUUUAAUUCAAUAUCAAGAUGUUUAAGAUGGAAUGAACGUGAGAAACAAAAAAGUUUUGUAGUGGCAAUGCAGGGGCGUAAUUCACAACCAUCACAUAUACGGGAACAUUCAUUUGCUUGUAUCGGAAAAGACCUAAGCGAUUCUAGUAGCAAUACCAGUAAUAGUGGCGAGGAAGAAGAAUGGAGAGUCGUUACUAGAAAACACAAAAGAAGAAAUAAAUAG